UAAAAGCUCAAAAGUGCAGUAAGUAGAAAGUUUAUUCUGAAGAAUGAGAUGGUGUUUGAGGAACUGAGAAAUAUUACAUCAAAUUUCAAUCAUUGUUCUCGGAGAACAAUAUGUUGUUUACAUAUUAAAUAUAAAAACAAUGAAUUGAAUUCAAUGAAUUAUCUUUUUCUUUUUACUUUUUCAGCAUAUGUUCUUGUUUACAUAGUUUACCAUAUAUUAAUUUCUCCAUGAUUGUUUUUAUAAAAGACCAUUCAGAAGAACAUUCUUUAAAAAGCCCUUUCAAUUUCUAAUGAGGUGUUAUAUCUUAUAAUACAGAGUGAAUUUUUAUUAAUUUAUUAUUUUAUUAAUUGUGUGUUUUCUUUCUGUUUGUCAGGAGGAAGUAGGAGUUUAGUGUUGAUGACAGUGUGUCUCGGGCUCAUUUGUGCUCUUCUGCUGGUCGGCAGCAGUAUAGCAGUAGCGCAGUACUUCAUGGUCACAGCAGAGAGAGAAUCUCUGUUCAAGAGUAACAAGAACACAGCUGAAGAGUUCAAUCAGACUAUCAACAGCUUACAGGACAAUUACACUGAUCUAAUGAAUGAAAAAGACCAACUGAAGAACAACUUCAGCUCACUGAGUCAGAAGAACCUGGAGCUGGAAAGCAAAGUGACAUCUCUGAGUGAUAACUUAAAGAAAGCUUAUGAAAAAGGAUAUCGGUGGGGUUCAGAUUGUUUUUUUAUAUCCAAUGAGUCAAAGAGCUGGUCUGAGAGCAGGCAGUACUGCAGGGAUCGAGGAGCUGAUCUGGUCAUUAUCAAGAGUGAAGAGAAGCAGAGGUUCAUAACUUCAUUAGUCAAUGUGAGAGUGGGGUUGGAGAGUGUGUGGAAUGGUUUGACUAAUGGACACCCGGAGGGCAACAUAAAAUGGGUGGAUAAUUCAACACUGAAUCAAGGGUUUUGGGACCAAGGUGAGCCGAAUACCAACCGUGGAAUUGAGGACUGAUGCCUUCAUAUCCUGUUCUGAACUGGAACGAUCUCCCUUGUUACAAAGAGAGACAAGGGAUUUGCGAGAAAUAGGGUUCAUCCCAUUUGUGUUUUUGCGUGUAUUAUUUUAUAGGAUCAUUCAUAUUGUGAUCACAUAAUUUCUGAUUGAGGUUUAUGCCGCCUUUUAUUUCAUUUUACAUAAACCACUUUCAUGACAUCAAUUUGUUUUAUAAUUUUCCGUAAUGUACAAAAUCAAUAGUGUAUAUUCACAUGUAAGGAAAUGUAAAAGUGCCAUUAUUUUCUUGUUGCUUUAAUAAACUCACAUCCAGUGUGAAUUAGGGUGAUCUGGA